AUGGUAAUUGUCAGUCAACAACCAGACUCAAAAAGAAUUCAGGGUGAGAUCGCAAGAGAAAUCAGACUGACAUUAGCAGGGAAUAAGUUAUGGAGUCGUGAAGAUCAGCUGCGUACAAGGUUAAUGGAUCAGAACUGCCGCAUCCUUAUAAUCUUGGAUGAUGUUCAGAAGGCUCUUGAUAUAAAGAGACUUGGAAUUCCAACAAUGGGAGCUCAGAAGACAUUGGAAGUUGGAAUGUUAUCUGAAGAGAAAGCAUGGAUCCUUUUCAGGCAGAAAGUCGGUAAUUUUGUCGAUGAUCCAUCUCUACUUGACAUAGCAAAAAAGGUUGCCAAAGAAUGCAAGGGGCUGCCACUUGCAAUAAUUUCAGUUGCAAGAGCACUAAAAAAAUCUUAA